AUGGCAAAGAAACCAGUCUGUUUAAUCGUUUUAUACGAGGGAAAACAGCAUGCUCUUGAUCAACCAAAGAUGUUGGGAGCAGUUGAAAAUGAAUUAGGUCUUAGAAAAUUCAUUGAAGAUCAUGGAUACGAAGUUAUUGCAACUGCUGAUAAAGAUGGUCCAGAUUCAACUUUUGAAAAAUACUUACCAGAAGCUGAAAUUAUCAUUACUACUCCAUUCUUCCCAGCUUAUGUUACUGCAGAAAGAAUUGCUAAAGCUCCAAAUUUAAAAAUUUGUAUUACUGCUGGUGUUGGAUCGGAUCACGUUGAUUUAAAUGCAGCAAACAAAAGAGGAAUCGCAGUUAUUGAAGUCACUGGUUCAAAUGUUCAAUCAGUUGCCGAACAUGCGGUCAUGUCUAUGUUGGUAUUGAUCAGAAACUAUAAUAUUGGACAUCAACAAUAUAUUGAUGGUGGCUGGGAUGUUGCAGCUGUUGCUAAAGAUGAAUACGACAUUGAAGGUAAAGUUGUUGCUACUGUUGGUGCUGGUAGAAUUGGUUACAGAAUCUUAGAAAGAUUGGUUCCAUUCAAUGUUAAAAAAUUAUUAUACUAUGACUACCAACCUUUACCAAAAGUUGCUACUGAUAAAUUAAAUGAAGCUUCAAAAUUAUACAAUGGAGUUGAUGUAAUUGUCGAAAGAGUUGAAAGUUUAGAAGAUUUAGUUUCUCAAGCUGAUAUUGUUACUAUCAAUUGUCCAUUACAUGAACAAACUAAAGGAUUAUUUGACAAAGCUUUAAUCUCAAAGAUGAAAAAAGGUUCUUAUUUAGUCAACACUGCUAGAGGUGCUAUUUGUGAUACUGAUGCUGUUACUGAAGCUGUAAACAGUGGUCAUAUUGCUUAUGUUAGCCCGGUCCAACCGCCACCGGAGGAUUUCCCUUGGAGAAGUAUGAAAAAUCCUUUUGGUCCUGGAUUUUACGGCAAUGGAAUGACUCUCCAUUGCUCAGGUACGAGUCUUGAUGCUCAACAGAGAUAUGCAGACGGAGUGCGUCAAAUUCUAACUGAAUUCUUCAACAAAUCUUUCCAUUACAGACCUCAGGACGUGAUUUGCAUAGAUGGGGAUUACGCAACGAAAUCAUACGGUCAAAGAGAAAAGAAAUAA